AUGGAGGCGCUCAUGGCCUCAACGUCAGCGGAGUACCACGAGGCGCUGGGCGCCAAGGAGACCGCGAAGCAAGCCUGGGAGAUGCUGGAGUCGCUGCGCCUGGCCACCUACGGCAAGAAGGUGGAGGACGAGGACCUCGUCACCAAGCUGCUAUGCGUCAUGCCGGUGAAGUACUCGCAGCUCGCCAUGUCCAUCGAGACGAUGUUGGACAUCUCCACACUGUCUCUAGAGGAUGUGGCUAGGCGGCUACGGGUGGCAGAAAGCCGCAGCACGGCAGCCCCGGAGAAAGAGAAGCCCAAGUUGCUGCUGACCGAGGAAGAGUGGACCGCGCCCAUGAAGGACAAGCAGCAGAGAUGGCGCAAGGGGCACGGGAAGAAGGCAAAGGAGGGGAAGCUGAGGCGGAGCAGCGGAUUGCGCCGCAGGCCGUCGAACUUGACGAGUCACGCGCUCGUUCUCCUUGGAGCGGCUGGUGACAAGCUGGAGCAGAGGUGGUAUCUGGACUCAGGUGCGAGCAACCACAUGACAGGGAGCCAUGCCAUCUUCUCCGAGCUCGAUGAGACAGCCACCAGAAGCGUGAAGUUCGGUGAUGGCUCAAGGGUGCAGAUCCGUGGCCACAGCACCAUCCUCUUUCGGUGCCAGAACGGCGAGCAUCAUGCCCUGAUGGACGUUUACUUCAUCCCCCAGCUGUGCACCAGCAUCAUCGGCCUGGGGCAGCUGGACGAACACGGCAGCGAGAUAGAGCAGCCUGUGUGUUUGGCAGCGUCGUGCAAGGAGGAGCCAUGGCCGUGGCAUGGCUGGUUCGGCCACCUCAGCUUCGACGCACUAGGCCGUCUUGGGAAGAUGGUGACAGGGCUGCUGGUGAUCCAGCAUGUCAGCGAGCUAUUAGCUUUUGCAUCAACAAAUCGGCUUCGGACUGACUGUGGCGGUGAGUUCACGGAGGUUGAAUUCACCAUGUACUAUGCUGAGGAGGGAGUAGGGCAUCAUCUCAUAGGGCCCUACUCACCGCAGCAGAACGGCGUGGUGGAGCGACGAAAUCAAACCAUCAUCGCCAUGGCGUGA